AUGUAUAUGAGCGACAGUAGUACAAGCGAAAAUGAAGACAAUAAUUCAACGCCGAUGGAAGAUAACACAAAAACAUUUCAAAAACGUUUGCUUAAAACAUUUGGAAAAGUUAGAAACCAGGGUGAUUAUUGUGGUGGUGGUCGUUUAACAGAUGUUUGUAAUCCUGGACUGAUGAUAGAUGGUACAGAAGAAUAUAUUACAUUUCCAUUAUUACCAUCACAAGCAAAAUUAAUUGGUGAAAAAUGUUCAUUAGCACCAUUUGGUAGAAAAGAUGAAACAAUUUUCGAUACAUCAAUUCGUCAUACAUGGCAAUUAAAUCCAUCAUCAUUUAGAAUAACAAAUUCAAAAUGGAAUAAAUUUACAUUAAAUAAUUUAAAACCAAAAAUUGUUUCUCAUUUAGGUUUAGAUAGUAGUUGGAUUAAAAAUAAUUUAAUUGAUUUACAAUUAUAUAAAUUAUUAUUAUAUGAAAAUGGUAGUUUUUUUAAAUGUCAUCGUGAUAGUGAAAAAGUGAAUGGUAUGUUUGGUACAUUAGUUAUUAUUUUACCAUCAUGUUUUAAUGGUGGAGAAUUUAUUAUUAAACAUAAUAAUCAAGAACAAAUAUUUGAUUAUUCAUCACCAAAAAGUGAUCAUGAUUAUCAUUAUUUAGUUUUUUAUGCUGAUUGUCAACAUGAAAUUCUUCCAAUAACAAAUGGUUAUCGUUUAUCAUUAGUUUAUAAUGUUGUAAUUAAUAAAGACAAAAUACAUUUAUGUUCAGAAAUUCCAUUACCUAUUUCGGAUGAAGAAAAUAUUCAAAAUGUUUGUCAAGCGUUAAUAAAUUGGUCGGAAGUUAGAAAUAGUCCGUUAAAAUUAGUUAUUCCUUUGGAACAUAAAUAUGUAAGUAAUGUAUCGAUCUUGGUGGAAAAUAUCGAAAGGAAAAAUGUCGAUAAAAAAAGAGCAAAACGUCGAAGAGGAAAAAUUAGAAAAACAAAAAUCCCCAAAAGCAAAAAACCAAAACCGCGAAAAGGA